GUCGGGCGCUGCUUCCUCCGGGCCCCCCAAACUCAAGUUGAUUAUACUGGACGAAGCGGAUCAAAUGACCUCCGCGGCUCAGAAUGCGCUUAGAAGAAGGUUUGUUGUUGAGGGCUUGUUCUUCGCAGUCAUGGAAACAUACGCGCGGAAUUUGGCUUUUGCUGCAGUUGAUCAUCGCAACGUUGACCCUUUCAUUGCGUUUUCUGUUUGCAGCAUGCGUUUCACUCCCCUCAAACCGGAGGCGCUGAGGCGGAAAGCGGAGGAGGCUGCGAUGUUGGAGAGCAUGUCCGUUACGGAAGACGGUUAUGAAGCGCUCCUGCGGAUCGCCAGCAUGGCUCACCCUGGGGAGCCAGUUGACGGCGAGUUGGUACACCGCGUGCUGGGGUUACCUCAGCCAAGUGAAGUCAAGUCCAUUAUGCAGGUUCUCCUAGAGAAGGACUUGCGCACGUGCUCUUUAGAGUUCCAUGGGUUGGUAACGAGGAGAGGUUACUCCGUGCGGGAUUGGGUUGGAGCUCUGCAUUGUCAGAUGCAAAAUAUGAAGCUGCCUGUUCCCGUGGCUCUGACGCUUGUGACCCGCCUCGCCGACAUCGAGGAGAGACUCGCCUUAGGCUCUGGUGACUACGUCCAGCUACACGCCAUCAUCGCGGCUUUCUUUGAGGCCCGUCACGCGCUGCACGCCCCACAAAUCCCGACCGUUGCCGCCGCCAGCAGCUAG